GCAUCGAAAUCAAGUUUCCAAAAUGACAAUGAAAUGCGGUUGGCUUUUGGAGGAAAGCCACUAGAAUUCGAAUAUAAAUGGGAGGUGUGAAAACUGUUCUACAACUAGUCUCGUUUGUUUGUUUUAACAACAUUUCCAAUUUUGAAAAGAAAACAACAAAACCACUUUUUUGCUUGACAACAUGAAAUUCCUUUGCAUUGCCUUUGUUGUUGCUGCCUUCCUUUUGGCUAUCGCCUCAGCCGGCGAUAAAUACACAACGAAAUAUGACAACAUUGAUGUUGAUAACAUUUUGAAAUCGGAACGUUUGCUCAACAACUAUUUGAAUUGCCUCAUGGACAAGGGUAGCUGUUCCCCCGAGGGCCAGGAAUUGAAGAAGGCAAUACCCGAUGCCCUGCAAACCGAGUGCAGCAAAUGCAGUGAAAAACAAAAGAAAGCUGUCGAUAAGGUGGCCCAUUUCUUGAUUGAUAACAAGCCGGAGCAAUGGAAACAGCUGCAGGCCAAAUACGAUCCCGAUAAUGUCUACUACGGCAAAUACAAGAAACAUUUGUAAGCUGGAGGGGCGAGAGGAGAGCGCCUCUAAAUUUAAUUCGGCCUAAGUUUUUGUGUUAAACGAUUCGAUUUGAUUUUGUUAUUUUUGGAAUUUAUUUCUUAAAUAUAUAUUUGGUGAUUUAAAUUUAAAGGGA